CUUACGCUUUGCACAGACGGGAACGCGCAAUUCAUUUUUCCAGCGGCACGGAGAGGAGAGAGUUCAGCCUCCGGAGGAGAGGGGAGGAGAAAGGGCUACAUGGAGGAAUACAGGGCUCUAAUUCUGCACAAAAUCUGGCCUGGAUAACAUAUUUUUGUACAUUAGGACACAAUGAAGAGUCCCCGGUGUCUCUGUUAGUUUUUGUCGGCGAAGAGGAGAAGAGGAGCGCUCUUAAGAGUUUUGUUAGUCCGCGGUACGCUGGAGCCACCGCUGUUGCUGCCAGUUUCUCCGAGAAAAAAGACGACUUCAGCAGGGGAGGACCUGAGAGAAACUUUGUGGAAAAAAUGCAGGGGGUUUCAGCGACGGAUCUGCCGGCCUCCUCCCUGCAGUACUCGUGUGGAUCAGUGGACUACCUGUGUUCUCCACGGCUGGCAAAGAAAGGCCCAACCACCAGACCAUGUCACGACAAGCCCGCCAUCAAGCCGCGGCCCCAGACCUCCACCUUACCCAGACCGCCGACUGCUCAAAAACCUCAAGUGCCCCCUAAACCUGCGCACCUGCUCGCCCUUGGCCAAGACAAGAAACCUAAGAGGAUCCCCCCGGCGCCCUCCAGACCUCUGCCGGCGCCCCCUCCUCCUCCUAAGCCAAAGCCUUGCCUGAGCCCUACUGGCCAGGGAGCACAGCCGCAGAAAGAGCCUCAGAAGGUUGGACAGCUCAUCGAGAGGUUUAAUAACUCCAGGGUCCCCAUCCUGGGGGUGCUCCCACGGUCGCAGCUGCAUCUUUGUCUGAGAAUGGACACUGCGUCUGACCUCCCUCCAUCCUGCAGCGCGGACGCCUCAGCGAAGGUCGCGGGAGACUCCUCCUCCGUGGACAAAUUUGCACUAAGCCCCUCCGAACGAACUGACGGCGUGUCCGAACUUUCCCGUAUCGCCGCAAUGCACAUCGACGGCUCGGACGACGGCGUGCUGGACGACUGCGUGGAGCAUGACAUCGCGCAGAGGGUGGGCUGCAUCAGCGACGCGGACCACGAACAGAGCUCUUCCCAUAAACUUACGGACAAUACCGACUCCUCGCAGCAAAACGGAAAGAUCCCCAACCGGGACAGCGGCAUCGACAGCCCGUCUUGUGCCACCGAAGGGGAGGCGUUCCCCAACGAGGACGCCAUCGACGAGGAGGAUCAUUACGACAGCGUCACCGAAACGGAAAGUGUGUCCUGCUGUGUUACGCUGGACAAUAAGAGGGACUCGACGCAGGACGAGGACAGUGACUUGGACGAGGGGAGCAGCGGGGAGAUCCCGUCUCUCACAGACACGCAGACCGGGUAUCUGACAGAUGCGCACUCAGACACACAUAAAUGCUCGGAGGCUCAGAAGCUCCUCAACAUCGCCAAAGAGCUCCUCCACACUGAAGAGGCCUAUGUGAAAAGACUCAACCUCCUCGACCAGGUAUUUUGCACUAAGCUCACCGAGGCUUCAAUCCCUCAGGACGUCAUUACAGGGAUCUUCUCCAACAUUUCCUCCAUCUACUUAUUCCACGAUCAGUUCCUGCUCCCGGAGCUCAAGACGAGGAUUACUGGAGAAUGGGAAUCAAACCCUCGCAUUGGAGACAUCCUCCAGAAACUGGCUCCUUUUAUGAAGAUGUACGGAGAAUAUGUGAAGAACUUUGACCGAUCCAUGGACCUGGUCAACACCUGGACCCAGAGGUCAUCUCAGUUCAAGAGUGUUGUCCAGAACAUACAGAAACAGGAGGUGUGCGGGAAUCUGACGCUGCAGCAUCACAUGCUGGAGCCGGUCCAAAGGAUUCCUCGCUACGAGCUCCUGCUCAAAGACUACCUGAAGAAGCUGCCCGACGACGCUCUCGACCGCAAAGAUGCAGAAAAGGCACUGGAGCUGAUCUCUACUGCAGCCAACCACUCCAAUGCAGCAAUCAGGAAAAUGGAAAAGAUGAACAAGCUGUUGGAGGUCUACGAGAGGCUCGGGGGAGAGGAGGACAUAGUAAAUCCUGCCAAUGAACUCAUAAAAGAAGGGCAUAUUAAAAAGAUGUCAGCCAAAAAUGGAACAGCACAAGACCGAUACCUCUACUUGUUCAACAACAUGGUGCUAUACUGCGUCCCUAAACUCAGACUGAUGGGGCAGAAGUUCAGUGUCCGAGAGAGGAUUGACAUUGCAGGAAUGGAGGUCCAAGAAAAUGUGAAGCAGAACGUUCCUCAUACAUUUGUUAUAAUUGGUAAACAACGUUCACUGGAGCUGCAGGCUAGGACAGCAGAGGAGAAGGAAGAUUGGAUCCAGGUGAUCAAGGCCACCAUCGAGCGGCACAAACAAAACAGCGAAACGUUCAAUAAAGCGUUCAGUAGCUCCUUCUCCCGUGAAGACGACCAUGUGCCGGAGUCUCCGGGUCCCAACUCUUUUAUGGACUCAGAUGGACUUCAUGAGAGGAAGAGCUCCAAGAAGAAGGAAAAGGAGAAGCAGACGUGCAGAGGCUGCCAUGAGAGCUUCAAUUUCACAAAGCGCAAGCAUCACUGCAAGUCCUGUGGAGUGCCCAUCUGUGCAAAAUGUUCAAAGACCUUGGACAACAAAACGAGUCGAGUGUGUCCCGAAUGUUUCGAAGCCAGCCUCAGCGUUGAAAUGAUGUGUGGAGGUGAACAGAAGAGAAAAGCGGCACCUGAGAGACAGUUAUCUCUGACCGGAGACAGCUGCCUGCUGUGCGGCUACCUCCAGGUCCAGGAGAAGGGGAAGAGUUGGGCCAAGAUGUGGGUGGCUCUAACGAAGACGGAGCCACUGGUGCUGUACUUGCAAAGCAGUGGACAGGACUUGAAAGGGUCGCGGGCAGUCCCCCUGCCCGGCUUCGAGGUGAGCAUGGUCCCAUCGGCCACGGCUGACAAACCAGAAGUCAAAAACGUGUUCAAGCUCAGCCACUCCCAACAAACCUUCCUCCUAAGUGCCCAAGAUGCAGAACUUCAGGCCAAAUGGGUGGAAGUCCUCUCCAAAGCUUCCCGGGGCGAAGCGCCUGCUGAGGCGUCGAUGAGCCUGACUGAACACAGGAAGAGCCAGUAGCGGCCACUCCGAAACAGCUGGACUCUCUCCCUCUCCUGUGUAUGAAGCACACAUUACUUGAAUUCACUUUACCUUGGCACUUUUCCCUCUUUGAACGGACCACUCAAUACUUCCCGGACCGUCUGACUCGUAGCCUCUCGACCACACAGCUACUUCUUCGUCUUCGUCUUCGUGUUUCUCU